CGAUCCUACAUUGCUUGGGAAUGAGAAAUUUUUGCGCUCUAUAAUGAUUCCAACAGUCUCUAGUUGUAACAUUAUAAGCUUCCCAUGUGUUUCCUUUCUCUUUCCCCUUUGCUUGCAAGGGUGGCUAAUAAAAUUGGGAGGAUUUUCCAAAUAUUUUUGUGGGGUGGUCUUGGAGAGGAAAGAAAGUUUCACUUGGUUAGUUGGAAGGUAUGCUCACCAGUUUCUUGUGGAGGUUUGGGGAUUCAAAAUUUGAGGCUUUUCAACAAAGCUUUACUUGGGAAAUGGCUAUGGCGAUAUCACCUUGAGAGGGAUGCAUUUUAGAGAAAUAUUAUUGAUGUCAAAUACAGGAAGGUUGUGGGGGAGUUGGUGUUCUAGGGAAGUUAGAAGAGUGUAUGGGGUAGGUUUGUGGAAGUUCAUUCGGGUUGGUUGGGGGGAAUUUGUCAAUCAUAUUAAAUAUAAGGUGGGUUAUGGUACAAGGAUUAGUUUUUGGCAUGAUGCUUAGUGUGGGGAUAUGGCUCUCAAGAAUGUUUAUCCUUCUCUAUUCAGAAUUGCUAGUGAUCAAGAAGCUGCAGUGGCUGACCCCUUUAUUUUGUUAAUCAAUAAUCUCCAAUGGAAUGUAAAUUUCAUCAGAGAUAUGCAUGACUGGGAAGUGAACAUUGUUUCUGAUUUUUUUGGAAGAUUACACCACAUGAAGAUUGUGCAGGGAAGGGAAGACAGUCUGCAGCGGAUACAUGCUGGAAAUUCCAGAUUUUCAGUUUGCUCCUUUUAUAAGGCAUUAACUUUUGUGCCAACAAAUUCCCUUGGAAGAGCAUUUGGAGAUUAAUAUAUGGGCUGAGGUGCACAUUUCAUGGGAGGCGUUGAGGAUGAAGAACCAGCCACAAAACGCACGAAAGUGUCUUUUGAAGAAUUGAGAGGUCUUUCAAACGGUUCAUCUUUUAUAGAGCCUGUAUCUGCUUCUUCGAGUGAUUUGAUGGCUCGACCCCUAGCAUCUGAAGGGGACAAAGAGGUUGUUGGUUCAAAAGGAAUUAUUAAAAGAGUGGAAUUCGUUCGUAUAAUAGCCAACGCGUUGUACUCUCUUGGCUAUAAGAAGAGUUGUGCGCACCUAGAGGAAGAGUCUGGAAUACGAUUACACUCCUCUGUGAUAAAUGUGUUUAUGCAGCAAAUACUUGAUGGAAAUUGGGAUGGAAGUGUUUCUACAUUGCUCAAAAUUGGACUAUCAGAUGAAAGGAUUGUUUUAUCAGCCUCUCUUCAGAUUCUGGAGCAGAAGUUUUUUGAACUUUUGGAUGCAGAAAAGGUCAUGGAUGCAUUGAAGACGUUGAGGACUGAGAUUGCACCUCUAUGCAUUAACAAGAGUAGAGUUCGUGAACUUUCUUCCUGCAUAAUUGCUCCUUCACAGUGUAAUCUAGUUGGGUCUUGCAGUCAAGACACUGUGAGGUCAAAGUCUCGUUCAAAGCUACUGCUGGAGUUGCGGAAACUGCUUUCCCCGACAGUUAUGAUUCCUGAAGACAGGUUGGAACAUUUAGUUGAACAGGCGCUUCUUUUGCAACGAAAUGCUUGCAUUUUCCACAACUCUUUGGAUAAUGAAAUGUCAUUGUACACUGAUCAUCUGUGUGGAAGAGAUCAGAUUCCCUCCCAAACAUUGCAGAUAUUACAAGAACACAAGGAUGAAGUCUGGUUCUUGCAGUUUUCACAUAAUGGGAAAUAUUUGGCUUCAUCAUCAAAUGAUCGUUCAGCAAUCAUAUGGGAGGUUGAUGUCAAUGGUGGAGUGUCUUUAAAGCAUAGAUUAUUUGGCCACCAGAAACCUGUCUGCGCUGCUUCAUGGAGUCCUGAUGAUCACGAACUCCUUACCUGUGGACUGGAGGAGGUUAUCAGGCGCUGGGAUGUUUCUUCUGGUGAGUGCCUACAUGUUUAUGAGAAAGCUGGCAUUGGCCUUGUGUCCUGUGGAUGGUUUCCAGAUGGCAAAUGGAUAUUCUCUGGUGUCAAUGACAAGAGUAUUUGCAUGUGGCAAUUAGAUGGGAGAGAGCUGCAGUGUUGGAAAGGGCAACGAACUCUUAGGAUAUCUGAUUUGGAAAUAACGAAUGAUGGAAAACAAAUUAUAAGUAUUUGUAGAGAAAAUGCAAUACUCCUACUUAACAGGGAAGCAAACACCGAAAGAUUAAUUGAAGAGGAUCAAACAGUAACCACGUUUUCACUAUCAAGGGAUAAUAGGUUUUUGCUGGUUAAUCUUCUGGACCAAGAAAUCCAUCUCUGGAACAUUGAUGGUGACCUCAAGCUUGUUGCCAAGUACAAAGGUCACAAACGCACCCGGUUUGUGAUCAGAUCUUGCUUUGGUGGACUUGCCCAAGCUUUUAUUGCCAGCGGCAGUGAGGAUUCUCAGGUUUAUAUAUGGCACAGAGGGUCAGGUGAGCUGAUAGAGGCAUUGCCUGGCCAUUCUGGAGCUGUGAAUUGUGUGAGCUGGAAUCCCGUGAACCCCCACAUGUUGGCAUCAGCCAGUGAUGACCACACAAUACGGAUAUGGGGCCUAAAUGAGCUAAGAAUGAAGCGCAAGGAUACACAUAGUAAUGGCGUCCACUAUUGCAAUGGGGUACCUGAAAGGAGUCUGAAAGGAAGUCAUUGGUUGUAAUUUGUUAUUUUCUCUGAUCAUUGUUUUUUUGUGUAAAUACUUGCUUAUCGCUGCAAGCAGACAUUUUUAUCAAACAAGCAUGUGAAUUCUGCAACAAGUUUAUGAAAAUAAAUCUACCAUUUUUAUA